UGGCGUUGAUAGUCAAUUCUUAUUCUAUCUUUAUUUUUCUUCGUCUAUUUAGUAAUACAUCAUAUAAUAAAUUUUUACAUCCCUGAUGUAUUCUUACACGAUAAGCCAAUUAUAUUUGAAAUUUUGAUAUGAUUAUAGUUGCCAAUGACAACGAUGAAUUAUAAUUAAGUAUACAUAUCAGAAUACAACUUAAUUAGUAUACACGAUAAAAAAAAUAGAAUUAAGUUGUCAAAAAUUGUUUUAAGAUUUAUUUAACAUAAUAAAGUGACAAUCACUAUGAGCUCAAUCUUUGGCGGCAGUGACAGUAACAAUAAUUUAAACGUCAUUAUUUUUGACGCGUCAAAAAACGAGAGAAAAUUGAAUGAAGAAUUUAAAAUAUUACAAAGAAAGUUAAAAUCAAAAUGGAAAUUUAUCGAAAACAACGAUGUUUUAACAGAAGAAUUAUUAUUGACAGGCAAAAUAUUAGUAUUGCCUGGUCCACGAAAUAAAUUUACAGAAUUAGAAAUGAAUUCAAUUAGAGCAUUUUUAAAUUCUGGCGGACAUAUUUUAGUUAUGCUUGGUGAAGGUGGUGAAAAAAAAUCAAAUACCAAUGUAAACUUUUUAUUGGAAGAAUUUGGCAUAAUGGUGAACAAUGAUAAUGUUAUACGUAUGAGUUAUAGUCAAACAAUGCAUCCAAAAGAAUGUUUAAUUUCUCAAGGAAUGUCAAAUAAAUCCAUAUUUUCAAGAAAUCAUGAUGAGUAUAUAAACAUGAACUUUUUAUAUCCAUAUGGAGCAACUUUAAAUGUAGCACAAUCAUCUAGAGUUGCAUUAUCAAGUGGAUCAAUAGCAAUUCCAACAAAUAGACCUAUUUGUGCUUAUCAUUAUAAUGAAACCAAUGGUGGAAAAUUACUUGUUUUAGGUUCUUCAAGAAUGUUGACCGAUACAUAUAUUGAAAAAGAAAAAAAUGAUUCAUUAAGACAAAUGAUUUUUGAUUUUUUUGAAUCUACAGAUAUUGUAAUUAAAGAAUCUCAAAUGGAUGAUGUAGAUUUCUGGGAAUAUAAUUUUAUCCCAGAUAUUACACAACAAGCUGAUAAUCCAAAAGUAUGUACUCAGGAUAUGGAUAUUAUGGAUAAUCCUUAUGAUUAUACCAAAUUGUUUAAACAUCAUCUUUAUUCAGUAAACUUAGAUAUGGUACCCUCUUGUAUAAAGGCUUAUGAAGUUCUUGGUGUAAAACAUGAACCACUUACUCUUAUUCCACCACAUUUUGAGACUCCAUUACCACCUAUGCAAGCUUCAGUUUUUCCACCAAGUUUUCAAGAAUUACCACCACCAGCUUUAGAAUUAUUUGAUUUAGAUGAAGCUUUUAGUUCUGAUUUAUUGAAAUUAUUACAAUUAACAAAUAAAUAUAUGGCAACAAAAGAUUUAUCAAAAGAUAUGGAAUUAGAUCAUUACAUUCGAGAAUUUGGAAGUAUUAUUAGAAUAAGUAACUCGGAAACUCAUUCAGCCAAAGAAGUAUUAAAUAUAGUUUUUCAAAGUAUCUGUAGUUAUAAAGCUAUGCAUGAAUGAAAAAAAAUUGUACAUAUUAAAAUUAUAUAUAUUGUGUUUUAAUAUUUUACUUGUACCACAUUUAUAACAUAAAUGUACACAAUGUAAAAGAUAUGUACAUAAUUAAAAGGUUAUAAUAUUGUA